AUGCCGUUUACCAGGUCACAAAAGGAUGCACCCUCACGUCCCGUGUCCCGUCCCUCAGAUAAGGACGCGACAGGUGAAAUGUCGGGAUCAGAAGGGAAGGAUGAAGCCGCACAGAAGGAGACGACCAAGAAGACUCCAGAGGAUAUUCCAGACAAGGGCGUUCAUGGCUCUGCCACAACCCUUAAGCCAAAGGGGGUCAGUCGUCGCGCCAGGUCCAUGAAGACCACGAGCUCCUCAGCCAGGAGACGGGAGCUGGAAGCCAGAGAAGAAUUAGCACGCAUGGAGCUGAAGCAAGCUCAAGCUGCGGCGAAGCUAGCACGCGUCAGAUUAGAGCUGGCACAAUGUGAAGAAGAGGACUCGGUGGAUGAAGACCAGGAAGACAGAACAGCACAGGUGCAGAACUGGAUCGAGACAUCAGUAAUGGAAGAAAACAACGUGAAAAAACACGAGCAACGAGGUCAGAAGCAGUAA